UGUAACUGCAUCAUGUUUCAGCCCCUAAUUUUCGCCGCGAACGAGUUUUGCAGCUCAACCUCGGCGAGCGGACGUCACGCGGAGCAACACGCGUUUGGCGCAACAUCGACGUCAUUUGAAGCGACUUUUGACAAUGCAAAAUGUCCUCAGAGACUCUUUUCAAGCAAAACGUCCGCGAUUGUUGUCAGCGUGGAGAAAUGCGGGCGGCAGCUUUGCAAGAAAAAGAAAUUGAAAGUGUCGGAGUGAACAACUUCUGGAGCGGGACAUUGGGCUUGACUUCCGCGUGCGUUUUACUCCCUUCCGUGAAGAUGUCACUAAAACUUGUUGCCUGCGUCUACAUCCACCCUGCCAAUCAACUUAGGGGGUCGUCUGCUUUUUUGCUCGAUGCCGGCGAGGGGUUCAGCCUCAACUCCUCGAGAGCACGAACGAGUCAAACGGGAGAGAGAGAACGGAUGGGUGGACGACGAAGAUGAUGAUGAUGAUUUUAUUCACACGGCCAACGAAAGGGUUUCAUGACCUCAUCCGAGAAGUCGUGAAUAAAAGUCGUUAAAUUGUAACAUGGUGAUUAAAAAGGGAUUGUUUCUCUAUGCCCUGCGAUUGGCGGGCAACCAGUUCAGGGUGUACGCGGCCUCCUGCCCGAUGAUCGCUUGGAAAGGCUCCAGCACUCCUGCGACCGUUGUGAGGCUAAGCGGUGAAGAAAAUGGAUGAAUGUAUAACCGAAUUCAUUCAAGGAAGGGGUUCUUUUUAUGAUGAAUUCAAAAGUACUGUCCGCAAAGAUCCAAAGGGUGGCGCUGUGCUAUCUUGUUGUCCUGAGCCUUCCCUGCAGUCGCCAAAUGCGGUGCCGGCGAUCGUUGGCAUUUUCGGAGAGAGGGCAUGGCAAGAAAGAAACAGCUGCGUGGUGCUGAAAUCCACACGGGAAACGGACACGCGCCUGUUUGGCUCCAUCGCCGACGAGUCCAAAUUUUGCCGUGCUUGGAUGAACAUUUUAGCGAGUUUUCCGAAUCAGGCGCCGCGGGGAGGAAUUAGUGGACGUGAACGAGACAAUGGGGCCGCACAAAAGGUACGUGCACCUCACCGCGUUGCUGUUCGCGGUUCAUGUUUUGGCUUCCGUGACGCAUUAUUCCAUCCCCGAGGAGCUGAAAGAGGGAACCGUUGUCGCGAACCUUGCGAACGACCUCAGCCUGGACGUGACGAGUCUGAUUAGAAGAAAAAUGCGCGUCGACAUCAUCGCAAACAAAAAAUAUUUGGAUGUGAACAAAGAGACUGGGGACCUGUACAUUGCGGAAAAGAUUGACAGGGAGCACAUUUGCACGACGAAAUGGACGUCAUCGUGUUACCUCAAACUGGAGGUGACGCUGGAAAAUCCGCUGCGGAUUUUUAACAUCGAAUUGGAAAUAUUAGACAUGAAUGACAACGCCCCGCAGUUCCGACGAGACGCCAUUCAUUUGGACUUAUCCGAGUCCACGUCCGCGGGGGAGAGAUUCUCCCUAAGCAACGCAGUCGAUCCGGAUGUCGGAAGUAAUUCAGUGAAAACAUAUCAUUUGAGUGAAAGUCACCAUUUUAAUAUCGAAGUCCACACUGGCAGAGAUGGAUCCAAAUUUGCAGAUUUGAUAUUGACGAAGAUGUUAGACCGGGAGCAGCAGGCCGUGCACAAUUUAAUACUGACGGCGGUAGAUGGCGGUACACCUCCGCGUUCCGGUACUGCGAGUAUUAUUGUUCAUGUUUUAGACAACAACGACAACGCCCCUUUGUUUGAUGAAGCCAUAUACGACGUCAAAAUAAUGGAAAAUUCUCCGAUUGGAAGCCUUGUUAUUGAUCUGAACGCGACCGACUUGGAUGAGGGCUCCAAUUCGGAUUUGACAUAUUCGUACAGUUUAUAUACACCCGAGAAAACGCAGGAAACCUUUAAUUUAAAUCCUGCUACCGGCGAGAUUACGGUGAAGGGAACGUUGAACUAUGAAGAGUUCAGGAUUUAUGAUAUGGAAGUCAUCGCGGCAGACAAAGGAGUCAAUAGUUUAGCGGGACAGUGUACCAUCAAAAUUCAGGUGGAGGACAUGAACGACAACCACCCGGAAAUCUCCAUCAAAUCCUUCCAAAGUCCCGUCAGCGAGAACAUCGGCGUGGACUCGGUGAUAGCAGUGGUCAGCGUGAGCGACGAGGACUCGGGCCACAACGGAGUGGUGGACCUUCGCAUCCCGCCAAAUCUGCCUUUCCGACUCAGGGAGUCCUCGGACAACUAUUACCAGCUGGUGGUGUCGGAGCCCUUGGACCGCGAGAAGGUUCCGGAAUACGACAUCACCUUCACGGUGACAGACCGAGGCUCCCCUCCUUUGAGCGACAACGAAACCAUGACUUUACAGCUGCUGGACGUCAACGACAACGUGCCGCGCUUCCCGCAGCCCUUCUACAACAUCCGCGUGCCGGAGAAUAACGCUCCCGGCGCCCUGCUGACGUCCCUGAGCGCCUUCGACCCCGACCUGCACGAGAACCAGUACCUGGUGUACUUCAUCGUGGAGAAGGAGAUCGCCAACACCUCCAUGUCCAUGCUGUUCUCCAUCAACCCGGAGAACGGCAACCUGUACGCGCUCAAGACCUUCGACUACGAGAUGGAGAAGGACUUUCUCUUCCACAUCGAGGCCAGGGACUCGGGCUCUCCUCCGCUCAGCAGCAAGGUGAGCGUCCGCGUGGCGGUGGCCGACCAGAACGACAACGCUCCGGUCAUCGUCUCUCCGUGGCGGGCGCACGGCUCGGCGGUGGAGGAGAAGAUCCCCCGAUCCACGGAGAAAGGCUCUCUGGUGGCCAAGGUGAUCGCCUUGGACGAGGACUCCGUGCACAACUCUCGCAUCACCUACCAGUUCCUGCAGGUGAGCGACGCCUCCCUGUUCAGCCUGGACCAGUACAACGGCGAGAUCCGCACCACCAGGAUGUUCAGUUACAAAGACUGGCGCCACCAGAGACUGGUGGUGGUCGCCAAGGACAACGGGCAGCCCGCCCUCUCCGCCACGGUCACCAUCAAGCUGUCCACGGUGGAAACGGCCGCCAGGGCCUACUCGGACGGCGGCGAGGCGCCUCCGGAAUACGACGUCUUCUCCGACCUCAACGUGUACUUGGUCAUCGGUCUGGGCUCGGUGUCCUUCCUGCUGCUCAUCACCGUCUCGGUCUGCGUGGUGCUCAAGUGUCAGAAGGUCAAGCCCGGCCAGGCGGCCCCUCCCUGCAGGAGCAGCGUGAUCAGCGAGAGGAACUCCACGCUGGCCGAUUCCACCCUGGUGUCCAACGACGCCUACUGGUACAGUCUGUUUCUGGCCGAGACCAGGAAGGGGAAGCUGGUGGUCCGGCAGCCCGUGCCCAAGGGCUCCAGGUACUUCGUGUCCAGCAUUCCCAGGAGCGCCGGCGUGUCCGUCACCAGCGACUCCGCCCCCUCCACCUUGCAGGUUUGCGGGAAAGCUGGAGCCUAUCCCAUCUGGCUUCGGGUGAAAGGCACACGACACCCUUAACUGGUCGCCAGUCAGUUGCAGGGCACAUAUCGAGAAGCUCACU